AGGAGGAGGAUGAGCCGCUGCUGCUGUGGGUAGUCCCGACCGGAGACCCAGGAGGAUUUGAGCUGAAGGGAGAGCCUCGCUUGACGUCUUCACCUGAAUCGCCUGCUCUCCUUUGGAAAGGUCUCAGGCCCAAAACAACUGGAGGCGCCAUGGCCGAAGCUGUCCACUACAUCCACCUCCAGAACUUUAGCAAGUCCCUCCUGGAGACCCUGAACGGGCAACGCCUGGGCGGACAUUUCUGCGAUGUGACGGUGCACAUCCAGGAGGCCACGCUGCGAGCCCACCGGUGUGUGCUGGCUGCCGGCAGCCCCUUCUUCCACGACAAGCUGUUGCUGGGGUACUCUGAAAUCGAGGUGCCCCCGGUGGUACCGAGCCAGGUGGUGCGGCAGCUUGUGGAAUUCAUGUACAGCGGCUCUCUGGUGGUGGCCCAGUCUGAAGCUCUGCAAAUCCUCACGGCCGCCUCCAUCCUGCAGAUCAAGACCGUCAUCGAUGAGUGCACCCAGAUCAUCUCCCAGAGCCGCAGCCCCAAGCCCCCCACGGCCCCCCCGCCGGUGCCCCUCUCCCUCCCCCUCCCCAGGGUUCUGCCCGCCAAGCCCCAAGAGCAGCCUCCCAAAGAGGUCAUGGGGGGCGUGGCGCGGCCCGGCGACCUCGAGGCCGCCCACCUUGACCCACCCAAGCUGCUCUGCGCCUCGGAGGUGCGGUACAAGCUGCGCGACCUGCUCUCCUCCCAGCACAGGGAGGCGAGGGGGGGCCCCCCCUGCGAGGGGGGCGUCAGUGACGGGGAGGCGGGGGGCUCUUACCUGCACCCCGCCGAGGCGACGCCCAGCUGCCACAGCCGCAAGCAGCGCCAGCCAGUGAGGCUUCAGCUGUCCGAGGCCAUGCCUGUCAUCAUCAAGGAUGAGGAGGAGGGGGGUGGCGCGGAAGGCAGGGAAGGGGGGGCAGCAGACCGCGAGGCCAAACUGAGCUGCUUUGCGGAGUGUGGCGGGAGUGGGAGCUUCCCCGCCGGCUUCAAUGACGAGGCCGAGGCAAAGGAUUCUGGGAACGCCGGCGGGGCCAGCAGGAAAGAGAGCCUCCACCUGGAUUAUGCCGCCUCCGAGGGACAGGAUUUCUUUGGGAACCAGGAUGUCUUUUCGGAGUCCUUCAUCCCAUCCUGGCAGGGGGAGGAAAGCAGCGAAGAGGCUGCCGCUGGACGGGACAGGGAGAAGUUCCACUCGGACUGCAGCUUGGAGGCUUCUAACCUAAGGAGCUUGGCUGGAGAAUUCAAGCCGGACUUGGGCGGCCCCUCCUCGGCGUUUCCGCCACGCAGUACUAGUGGCGGCGGCAGUGGCUUGGCCUUUGUCUCCUCGCUGGGCAUCCAACGGGAGCUCAAGGCUGAGGUCAGUGGCACCAACACAGCCACCAGCACCACCAGCAUCUUCCAGUUCCACCUGCCCCAGCCUGGCGGGGUGGCCCAGAGCUUUUAUAGCAUACAGCAGCAACAGCAGCAGGAGGCUGGUGCCAGCAACAUGGUGCAGCUCAGCCCGAGCGCCAUGGUCACAGGCCCCCUGCACAGCGGGGAACAGCAGAGUCAACAGCCGGGUCCGUCACGCUGCUCCGAACCCUCUUACCAGUGCAGCCACUGCCAGAAGACCUUCAGCUCCCGCAAAAACUACACCAAGCAUAUGUUCAUCCAUUCCGGCGAGAAGCCCCACCAGUGCAGCAUCUGCUGGCGCUCCUUCUCCUUGCGGGACUACCUGCUCAAGCACAUGGUGACCCACACGGGGGUCCGGGCCUUCCAGUGCUCCAUCUGCUGCAAGCGCUUUACCCAAAAGAGCUCCCUCAACGUCCACAUGCGCACCCACCGCCCCGAGCGCUUCCAGUGCUGCAUCUGCAACAAGUACUUCUCCCACCGCACCUUGCUGGAGCGCCACAUGACCACCCACACCGCCUGGAAAGGCGGGCAGCCCGACCCCCCGGGGCCUGUCGCCGUCGCUGCCGCCUCCGCUGCCGACUGGAAAGAGAAACCAAACAUCGCCACCACCGCUGCCUCCGCUGCCGAGGGGACCAUCGCUGCCGCAGCCACCGGCACGUGGAAACCAGGGGAGCCGUCUGCUGAGAGCGCCAUGGCUAGCUGGAAAGCGGGGGAUCCGGCCCCGGGAGAAGGCAGCCUGGUGGCCUGGAAGGGGGAGGCGGCGGGGGAGGGGCCAGUUGCCGCCUGGAAAGGGGAUCCGGCUUCGGAGGCGUCCAUGCAGCCUCAUACGGCCUAGGGCGUUGAUGGACUGAUUUUGACCGCUUUUUGGAUUCGCCUUGUCCAGAUGCUCGCGGCGCGGCAUCAGGGCUUGCUUUGGGUCCUCUGGUCUCUGGAAAAGCAUUGCGCAAACUGGAACGCUCUCCACACGGGAGCAGUCCUCUCGGGCCACCCUGUGGACACGAGGCAGGUGGUAGAUUGGAAAGUGGAGAACGGUGGUGUUGUGGCGUCCCCGGCCCGUGGGGUUCGCCGGCGGAGGACGGGGACGUAGCUGCGGUCAUGACGCUGUUGCCGAAGCUGUUUGUAGCUGACCUGUAGCUCAGUGAUGGAGCGCGUGCUUUGCAUGCAAAAGGAUAUCCGUCUGAUCUCAGGGGGCGGCUGGGGCAGGUCUGGGAACGGCCUGUGCCUGAAACCUUGGAGCGUUUGCUGCUCAGAGUAGACAUUGGUGGGAUCCAACAGGGCCGCUCCGUGGCUCGUGGCAGCUCUUCUGUAAAGCAGGGGGAAACGGCUCCAUUCUGUGCCGCUAUUUUUGUCACUUCGUUAUUUUUAAAUGGGCAGGCUUGGAGGUGUCAUGUCGGUAAGCUUGCAACUGCCUCACCCAUCCUGGCACCCUCCAGAUGUGUUGGGCCACAAUUCCCAUCAUCCUCAGACAGCAGACGGAAUGCGCACGAAAUGGAGGCAAUUUUCUACUUGCCACCAGAAUAGAAACUCGAAGUAAAAGUGAGAGCCGCUCUUAUUCUACUAUCCUACCUCGGAUAGAAGUGGGAGAAGAAGGAUAGCAUCCCAUAAAAUAAUAGUAUCCCUUAAUCAAGUAACUGCUUUUUGCAAGUCUUCUUUGUAUCCACAGCAUGAUUUUGUCUAUCUGUCUGUCUCUCUCUCUGUAGAUAUAUCUAUCUACCUUUAGGAGGGGUGAAGCAUAGUAAUA